CCUCCUUGGACACGACUCGCCGCACCCAUCCCCAUCCGCCGCCGCUGCCAUGGCCGACGAGAUUGACACGAGGCCGGCCUCCGCGGGCUCCCGCGGCCGUCCUGCGCACGCUACCGAGGACGACGACCGGGAGGAGGGCGAGAUCGCCGCCGACGCCCCCUCGCCCGCCCUCCCCGCCGCGCACCCGCUCGAGCACUCGUGGACCUUCUGGUUCGACAACCCGCACGGCAAGAACAAGAUGGCCGCCUGGGGGAGCUCCAUCCGACCCAUCCACACCUUCUCCACCGUAGAGGACUUCUGGGGCCUCUACAAUAAUAUCCAUCACCCUAGCAAGUUGAUCGGUGGAGCUGACUUCCAUUGCUUCAAGAACAAGAUUGAGCCAAAAUGGGAAGACCCUAUUUGUGCUAAUGGCGGUAAAUGGACCAUCAGCUGUGGAAGAGGAAAAUCUGACACGCUGUGGCUGCACACCCUGUUGGCUAUGAUCGGCGAACAAUUCGACUAUGGUGAUGAAAUUUGUGGAGCAGUAGUCAGCGUGCGUAGCAAGCAGGAAAGAAUAGCUAUCUGGACAAAAAAUGCUGCUAAUGAAGCUGCUCAGAUAAGCAUCGGGAAGCAGUGGAAGGAAUUUCUGGAUUACAAGGACUCCAUUGGAUUCAUUGUUCAUGACGAUGCAAAGAAGAUGGACAAGGGACUGAAGAACCGUUACACGGUUUGAUCCCAGAGAGUAGUAGCAUGUAGGGUGGUUCUUUCCGAUUCCGUAGCACCUUGCAGAGUGUGUUGAAGGUUCUCUAUUUGCUGAGGAGUUGCUUAAGCAUAAUCUAACAUGAUGUCGAAUGUAUUCCUGUAUGUUCCAUAGGUCAGUCACCUAGGUGCCUAGGUGUUGUUUU